AUGGCCCAACAAUUCUCGGUCAUUAUUUCAACUACACUCUCCCUCCUCGACCAAUUCCAAGCUACCCUCGCCUCCCCCACAACCGCAAAUGCGCAGUCCACUCAACCACAAACGCCAACCAAAGAUGCCGACGCAGACGCAGCCGCAAACGCCCUGCCCCUCCUCUCAAACUCCGCCGCGGCUCUCAAGGCCCAAGUAACCAAGCUCUCGCUGCUGGCUAUUACCGCGCCCUUUACGCAUUCUGCCGUUAACACGGUGUUGCGCGCUUGCAAUGAGUCGGUCCUCCCGUCGCUGGUAACGGCUGCGCUGCUCGUGACGCCUGCUGGGUAUACGAAGGCUUUCCACUCAGAGGUUCUUGUGUUGGUUAAGACUGCUUUGGUGGAAUUUGCUACGCUGGUGAGGGAUGUGAAGGGGAUUGCUGAGAAGAAGGAUUCGGCGAGGAAGGAGGAUCCGAAGAAGAAAGAGGGGGAGAUUUCUAAGACGGAGAAGGAUGGUAUUACCGUUGCUGUGGGUCGUGUGUGGGAUGCUUGUGAUACUGUUUCCGAGGUUGCGAAUAAGGGUGUUGUAGGAUUUGUUAUGCGUCGUGUUGAGCAGUGGCGCGAUCUUGUCAAGGAUGCUGUUCAGGAACUUGAGGAUUGGGAUCCCGAGGAAGAUGAUGACUUCUUUGAUGAAUUGAUGGGUGAGGAGAAGGGUGCUGGAUCGGAUGAUGGUUCUGAUGAGGACGACGAGGACGAGGAGGAUGUUGCUGCGCUGCAGGAGCAGAAGAAGUCGACCCUGCGCUUCAUCAAGCCUAUUGCCCAGGUCUAUCCUGCGAUUCUCACCUACCGGCUCAAGAAUGCUGGUGAUAAGCCUUUGGCUUCGACGGCUGGCAUUGCAAAGCUCGAGUCAUUGAUGCUCAACUUGCAGAAUGUGCCUGAUCAGGUCGAUGAAGUUGCUGGGGCUUUGUAUGAGAGCAACUGGGCCAAGGCGGUAGAUUACCUCAAAAAGGCAAAGAAGAAUGCUGCGCAGGCUGUGAGCUCGGUUGCUUCUCCGUGGAAUGCAGACGGCGAGCAACAACCGGGCGACAAGUUCACUGCUUGGUCUAAGACGUGGCUCAAGGUCAUGGACGAAGUCAGCAAGCCGGUUGAUGCUGCUGCGAGCGAAUAG